CCGACAGAUUUGGGGACACAAUUGAAAAUUUUCAUGUGGGUACUCAUAAAGGCGUGGACUUGGAGGAAAAAAUGAAGGGUCAGGAUGAAGAGAGGUAAAUGGAAGAAUGGUGGAUGUGAUUACAGAGGAUCGAGAUGGCGUCAUUGACUUGAGAAGAGAAGAGAAAGAAAGGGCGUGGAAGGUGUAGGAUUGUAAUGGAGGGAAUGGGUGAGGAGUUUUAAGUGUAUUGAAGUGGGUGUUUGCUUGAAGAAGACAGAAAAGGGUAGCCAUGUUUAAUCGAAUCUGUGGUUUUCCAGAGUUAAAGAUGAGUGUAGGUUUUUAGCGUAAUAGAGAUAGAAAUAGAGGAAAAUAGAAGGAAAAAGAGGGGAAAAAAAGGCGUUUUUGUGAACCUUGUGUAUGAAGAGACCAGUGAGAUAGAGAGAGAGAGAGAGAGAGCGAGAGAUUGAUAGAUAGAUAGAGAAGGAGUUUUGUGUGUUGCGGCUUGAUGAUCGAUGUCGAAAAUGAAACAUCUUCUUCGAAAGCUUCACAUCGGUGGAGGACUUAACGAGCAUCAGCGAUUGAGCGAUGCUCGACCUGUAACACGACCAAGUUCGAGCCCCAGUCCAGGCCCAAGCCCCAAUAGUAAUCCAUCGGGUUCGUCGUCAUCUGGGUCUUCUUCGUCUUUGUCUAUGGCGUCUUCUACUACAAUGGGGAGAUUGGAGGCUGUUGAAUCAGUCGUUGAUCCGGCGGCUUCUGGGGAUGUUGUGGGCGGUGGUUGCGUGGAUUUCAAUGCCUUGGAAGAGGAGUUUCAGGUGCAAUUGGCUAUGGCGAUUAGUGCUUCCGAUCCUGAUUCUAGACAAGAUACUGAAUCAGCUCAGAUCGACGCUGCCAAGCGGAUGAGUCUUGGCUGUUCGCCUUCAGUCUCCGGCAGUAAAGCCCUCGCUGAAUUUCUCUCGCUUCAGUAUUGGAGCUAUAAUGUUGUAAAUUAUGACGAGAAAGUGAUGGAUGGAUUUUAUGACUUAUACGGCAUUACUGCAAAUUCUAGCACCCGUGGAAAGAUGCCACUGUUAGUUGAUCUUAAAGAGAUAUGUGUGACAAGUGAUAUUGAUUAUGAGGUGAUUUUGGUAAAUCGCUUGCUUGAUCCUGAGCUUCAACAGCUGGAGAGACAAGCAUAUAACAUAUUCAUGGAAUGCAGAGUUUCUGAAUAUGGCUUCAUUUUAAGUGGCCUGGUUCAAAAAAUUGCUGAUAUGGUUGUUGCUAGAAUGGGUGGUCCUGUUGGUGAUGCUGAAGAAAUGUUGAGAAGGUGGACCCGCAGGAGUUAUGAGAUGCGUAGUUCUCUGAACACUAUUAUUCUACCACUUGGUCGUCUUGAUAUUGGACUUGCACGUCAUAGAGCCUUGCUUUUUAAGGUGCUAGCUGAUAGGAUUAAUCUUCCAUGCAUACUUGUCAAAGGAAGCUACUACACUGGUACUGAUGACGGAGCUGUGAACAUGAUCAAAAUUGAUAAUGGAAGUGAAUAUAUUAUUGAUCUUAUGGGUGCUCCAGGCACGUUAAUUCCCUCAGAGGCGCCCAGCUGUCAAUUUUCGAAUUAUGGAUUUGAUAGAAGGCCAGCAGAUGUUAUAGAAGUUCCUGAAGAUACACCAACAUUACAAAAUGAUGGAGUCGAAGCAGUGUCAAUUUCAUCUACUCAAGAUGAAGUAGCAAAUGUUUGCAACUUAAUAUCCAAAGAAGCUUCAGAUUUAGAUGCUCAAUCAAAAGAAAAUAUUAGGAACUUUAUUGAAGAAAUUCAAAGUGGGAGUUCCGUUUAUGAUUUUGCAAAGCUUCUAGAAUCAGAAAGCAGUGCCUGUGAAAGUUCAUUGGGAGCAUUUGCACAGUCUGCUUCUGCACAAAAGAAGAAAGUGAAAAAAGUGUCUAAAUAUGUCAUAAGUGCUGCAAAGAACCCAGAGUUUGCUCAGAAAUUACAUGCUGUCUUGUUAGAGAGUGGUGCAUCACCUCCUGCAGAUUUGUUUUCAGAUAUAGAAUCGCAGGACAACGGUGAAAGGAAAGAAACUUUUCAAAUGUAUCCAAUCAAUGGAAAAGGGAUCGAUGUUGGGAUCCAGAGCCACUCCUAUAUUUUAGCAAGCCACGGACAGUCUUCUGCUACUUCUACUGAAGCGGAGUAUUUGAACAAUGUUGUCCAUGAAAAUAAGCAGAAAGUGUCUUCUGGGGGAUUGUCUCAAGAACAAACGGCCAAUACAAAUGCUAACAACCACAGCAUUUUUUGGCCUCACAGUAUGAAAAACGAGGGAUUUGUGUUUGUCGAUGCUAAUGGUGAAGCAGGAAAAUUGGUUGAUGUUAAUGGAACUUUUCAUCGUGAACAUAUGGAUGGUGUUUCAUUGACAUCUGAUGCCGACUCUCAUAAGAAACUAGGAAGUGCCUUAGUGAGUGAAGAAAGAAGAUUGUUGCAAGAUAAGAACAGUGGAAGUCUUCAAUGCUUUGAUUUAUGUGAAAAGCCACUUGAAAAUUUGUUAGAAACCGAUGAUAGUAAACUGCAUGCUAGUGAUGAGCACAAUGAGACAAUUAACCCAAUAUUAGGUGAAGUUGCAGAAUGGGAAAUUCCUUGGGAGGAUCUUCACAUUGGUGAACGUAUUGGUAUUGGCUCAUAUGGCGAGGUUUAUCGAGCAGAUUGGAAUGGCACUGAAGUUGCUGUGAAGAAGUUCUUGGAUCAAGAUUUUUCUGGUGCUGCUUUGGUUCAAUUAAAAUGUGAAGUUGAAAUCAUGUUAAGGCUGAGGCAUCCUAACGUUGUCCUUUUCAUGGGCGCUGUCACUCGCCCUCCUCAUUUCUCUAUCCUUACGGAGUUUCUUCCCAGGGGAAGUUUGUAUAGGUUACUGCAUCGGCCCAACUCUCAACUAGAUGAAAGGAGACGAUUGAAAAUGGCUCUUGAUGUGGCCAAAGGAAUGAACUACUUGCACACAAGUCAUCCGACCAUUGUUCAUAGAGAUCUAAAGUCCCCCAAUCUCCUUGUUGAUAAAAACUGGGUUGUCAAGGUUUGCGAUUUUGGUUUGUCUCGUGUGAAGCAGAAUACAUUUCUGUCUUCAAAGUCAACUGCUGGAACGCCUGAAUGGAUGGCACCAGAAGUUCUAAGGAAUGAACCAGCCAAUGAAAAGUGUGAUGUGUAUAGUUUUGGUGUAAUAUUGUGGGAGUUGACGACAUGUCGCAUACCGUGGAAAGGUUUGAACCCAAUGCAGGUCGUAGGAGCUGUUGGAUUCCAGAAUAGGCGCCUGGAAAUUCCACAAGAUGUUGAUCCAGCAGUUGCACAGAUCAUUUGCGAUUGUUGGCAAACGGACUCACAAUUGAGGCCGUCGUUUUCUCAGCUUAUUAGUCGAUUGCGGCGCCUGCAACGGCUUGUUCAGAAAACAGACUCCAGGAAUCAAAUACCGGAGUGAACAGAAAAGAUUUAUCUGCAUUUAAAUUGAAGUUGUUCGAUGGCUCGAAGAGUCAGAGCAGCCAAUGUUGGUUUUUUUUUUUUUUCAGUAAAGUUUGGAAAACACAACUGAAUAGGGAAGGUGCUAGUUCAUUCAAAGUGGGGGCUGAGCACAAACCUAUUUAGGAGUGAAAAAUGGAAAAAUCCUUCAAAACAACAGGUAGCUGCAUAAGUUAAAAGUGCAGCGGAGGGAUUUACCAUUUUAUAUAUUGUAGUUCUUAAUGUGUAGUAGGUUGUAUUAAAUUCACAAGUAAGAAAUUUCCCAAAUGAAAGGGGAAAAAAAGAGAGAGAAAAAACAAGGAGAAAAAAGAAAGAAAAAGAAAAAAAAGAGAAAAAGGCAAAAUAAUAACUUCCAAGCUCAAGCUGUGUGUCUUGCCUGUGGAGGCCUUCGGGGAAUUGUAAACAUUUGGUCUCUACAGAUUACUGUGUAAAAGAAAUUUAACCCCCCACCAGAACCCUUACAAAAAAAAAAAAAAGAAAAAAAAAAAGAAAAAUUCAUAUGAAUUUUUUUGUUGUUGUGCUCA